AUGUUCCUCUACAUGUUAAUCUUCAUGGCAUAUCAUAGCAGCAGAUGGAUACCGAGGAAUCAGAGGUUAAAAUUUCAGAUAGUGAAUGCAGUGUUCACGGCACUUGUUCUGGUCCCUCAGUUCUACAUCAUGGGAAGGCCAAAAUCCUCCCGAUACUGCAGGCAGCCUCUUCUCAACAACCUGUCGGCCUCCAUCGCCUUAUCUUUCAUAGCUUCAGGUUUCUCAGUGAUAUUUACAUUAAUAGAGCCGGUUCCUCAGAGCUUGUGGGCUUCCUAUCACGUGUUUGGGCUGCUGACAUGUGGACAAGGACUGUGCACUGCCAUCCUGACUCUGACAGCAGCAGCAUGUGUCAAAACCACCCCCGAGCUGUACUACAUGUCCCUUAUUCUUACAGUCGCUUCCAUUUUCAGUACAGGUUUUUUCAUGGUGAGAGGAGGACUCUGGUUGACCAAUAGGCCGCCUGUGAUGGACCCGAGCACAAACAAUGAGCGAUAAAGCAGACCAGCUGUCCUACGCCGACAUCGAUACUCCACAUAUUAAGAUUUCAUGUGGUUUUCAUGCCAGCAGCAGCUCGUAACUUAAAACCAUGGGAAGACAAAAAAAAAAGGGAA